AAAGCACAACAACAGCGAGAACUCUCACCUUUGGAAUAAAGAGCUCAAUUGUGUUCACAUACAUCUCCUGAAGACCGGAAACUGCUUUCUCGGAAGCCGCACCGCCCAGCGCGGCUGUAAGACAUGGCGACGCCCUGGUCCCAGGAGGUAACCGGGCCAACCAACCUCCGAGAGCGUGUCCUAGAAAUCACGAAGCAGCUCAGCGAUACAUUGCAAGUCGUAGAAAGAGAGAAAGAGAUUGAUAGAAAGCAACUAAGCAAAGCCCUCAAGAGCGCGUUACUCGCGCUCGCCAAAAUCAAGGACACCCCUGACGUAGCCUCCCUAGAAGAGAAGGUAGAUCGACUGCGCACAGAGAUAGUGAAAGGAUGGAAAAGCAUAGAUGAAGCCUUCCGACACCUCCGAGAAGACAUAGAGGCAACAAAGGCAAAUACACAAGCAGCAGUAACAGUGGGUAAAGAAGCGAAGACAGCGGCGAUUGAGGCACUUGACAUAGGCAGGACGGUACUCAGAAAUAAAGGGACACACCAGCAGCAGGCUAUGGCAAGCUAUGCUGCCGUGGCAGCGAAAGGAGCAACGGCAAUAAGUACAUAUAGUCCAUAAAACACCAGACCUCCUGCUUAAACGCAUCGUGAGAUCAUCGUGAAUAUUAGAAAUGCACAAACGAUCCACCACCUGCGUUCCAUGAACCCACGCAACCUGAAAGCCCAUGUCGAACAAGCCA